GUGUGGCAACUGGAAGGGGCUGGAAGGCGUGCAUAAUUAGCCGCUACGAAUUGCACAGCUUUUUUGGAAGUUAUUUUUUCGGUUGAUAUAAACAAGAUCUUUACAAUGAGAAUUUCAAUGCAAGCUUUUAAUGUGCAAUUAAACCAGUUUACCACAAAGCUGACCCAAUUGACCAGGUCUGGUCUGGUCAGGCGGAUUAGAAAGACAUGAACCGCACACUGGCGACGCGUGCGCAGUUACAAUUUUGGUCUUACGUGGCGCAGAUCACGCGAAAGUGAAAGGAUUACAGCAGCAUCAUGGAACACCAGCAAUGCCUAAGGAUAAUAGCAAUGCUUAGCUGUGUGCUCGGCAUCGUGGCAGGACAAUAUGCCACGGCGCCCGGCUUGGGAUACGACUCCAAGGCCUUGGAGAGAGUCUUUGAGGCGCGCAACCUGCAGCUGAGCUUCCCCACGCCCGAGGAACGGGAGCGCGUACUGCGCGAAGGUCUCUAUGAUCCUGAUGGUGUCGUGCCCAUCGAUGUGGAUGUCUACUACACACAUGGUGACAAGACGCCCUCCAUUUUUGUGACCAUACCGCGCUUCACUAAGGGCGUGCCCUACUCCCUGGCCUAUGUGACCAACGAGGUGCGAGAGAACGGCACCGAGCUGCGUGCCUAUCCCAACUACGAUUGGCAUCAAUCCCAUGGCGCCGACUGCAACGGCCUGACAUCCGUAUAUCGCACACAGAUCGACGAGUGCGGACGCAUGUGGAUAUUGGACAGUGGCGAGAUUGACUUUGUGCAGCACUGCCCGCCCCAGUUGUACGCCCUUGACUUGGCUAGCGGGGGCGUGGUGCAUCAUUAUCGCAUGCCUAAGGACAUGUACAAGACGGGCGUCAGUCGCUUCGUGACGCCCACCAUCGACCUGGAUGCACACAAUUGCGAUGUGGGCCACGUGUACAUGGCGGACUCUAUUGGCGAUGGCAUUGUGGUCUAUGACAUGGCCGCCCAAAAAUCGUGGCGCAUCGAGAACAAGUUCACCUAUCCGCAUCCAGACUUUGGCACCUUUACGAUAGCCGGCGAGAGUUUCCAGCUAUGGGAUGGCACCGUGGCUCUCACACUAACCCCACACGGACUGGCUGGGCACAUGGAGCGUAUGCUGUAUUUCCACUCGCUAUCCAGCGAUUGGCAAAUGGCAAUACCACUGCAAGUGGUCAACAAUGCCAGUAUCUGGAAACGAAACGAUGUCAGCGCUGGGCUGGAUCAGUUCCUGCUGCUGGGCAAGCGCGGCAGCCAGUGUGUGGCCGCAGCCAUGAGCGAGACGGGCAUGUUGCUCUGCGGCUUGGUACAGCCGACCAGUAUACUGGCUUGGAACAUACGCCAAGCGUACAAUCAAGAGAAUCUAUCCCUACUGAUCCAAGAUCAGCAGCGGCUGCAAUUUAUCAGCGGUCUUAAGAUUGUCCGAAACCACGAAGGCAAGGAGGAGCUAUGGGCGCUCUCGAAUCGCUUACAAAAGGCUUUUGGAGCGGGACUUAAUUUUAAAGAAGUCAAUUUUCGCAUACAAAAGUGCGGCAUCCAUGAGCUGUUCCAUGGAAUGCCCUGUUACUAAGCCCAAUCUCAAUCUGGCUGUCUUUUUGAAACCCAGUGUUGCCACCUUUUUUUCUUUUCUCGAUUCUUCUACUUUUUUUUAGCACAUUCGCCAUGCUACAACGAAAUUGCGGUAAAAUUUUAAAGCAUUUCUCAUUUAGUGUGACCUGGACGCCAUUUAAAUAAAUUGUACAUAUUUGCGUUUAGCUGAAUUCAAUUGCAGUCUACUCACCUUCUU